AUGCUCGUGCCGAAGAAGUACGUCCAGCUGUUGUCCUUUGUCUUCUUCUUUUCAAGCCUCUAUGUCUACUGCAGGAACGCCUCCAACCCCUAUCGUCUUGCGGCACCGUUCUCUCACGUGGUAGGGUUAUCAAAUCAUGGCGAUGCUGACGUCCCCGGUCCGGCAAACUCCACGCUGGGCUUCGGUGCCGUGUAUGCGGUAUCAGCCACAGAUUCGCCUCGGAGAGCAAGGUUGAUACAGGCUGCCAAUGUUACCGAGAUAGAUCUGACCAUUCCAACUCUGCCGCAAUGGACGGAUGACGACGAAGCAAGGUUCCGUGAUGGCUUGAAAGAGCAAGACCGUGGCGCAGGACAUGGAUCAAUAAUGGCCUGGUUCUCUCAUCUUCACAUCCUCAACUUGUUUCUCGAGUCGGGACUGGAGACGGCGCUCAUCUUGGAGGAUGAUGUGGACUGGGAUAUCCGUCUUCGUACCGUGCAGGUCCCACAAAUUGCGGCAGCGACUCGCACCCUUUUCCGGUCCAACACGGAGUACUAUGGCAACAGCUCUGCCUGGGACCUUCUGUGGCUAGGCCAUUGUGGAGACUGGUUCCAGACGAUCGACAAGGGGAUAGGUCCAGGCCACCAUUUCCCUUCCAACCUGACGGCAUUGGAUCACAAGAUCUUCCGCGACAGCACCCUUCCGGAUCGGCCAGAUCUUCAUCCGUACACCAAAAGCUUCCUGGAUGCCCUGGAAAUACCUGAAAAGUCGCGUGUCGUGCAUAGAUCCCGCCUCCCCCUUUGCACUUUUGGCUAUGCCAUAACGCGCUCGUCGGCACGGUGGAUAAUCGAGGACCUGGCGUCGAUACAACAUCCCCCAGAUCCGGCAUACGACAUGGCCGUCAUGCACGGGUGUCGAAGGAGAGGCAUGCGGUGCUAUACGGUCAACCCAGAGGUAUUUCACCACGUCAUGGGCGACAGUCUCAUAGCCGUAGCAGACGCAAAGGAGGAGGUCCAUCUUCCCCCCGUUGAUGCGGAGGCUCUGGCGCAGAGUAGAAGUCGGAAGGAAACAAGCAACAUCGACUGCGGCUUCUGGAGCGGCGACUUCGACUUCGAGGACGAGCAGAGGCUGGGUGUGUUGAGAGAAGAGGUGGGACGGAAGGGACAAUGCUUGAAGCCUGAUCGUUACCAGGCUCCAACCUGA